AUGAGCAAAUUGGGCAAAUUAAGCCUGCCAAUCCCAGUCACUGCAGCAGCCGCUGCCGCCGCCGCUUACAGCUCUCCCGCAAAAGCAAAGAAAUUGGCACUUGGCUUGGUUGCUAUGAUUACAAUCGCUGUUGUUUGCUUCUGGCCUGAGCCAUCGAAAUACGUUGUUCCACACGGCGUUUGGAGAGUUAGACAGGCACUCCUUAUUCCCGAAGUCGUCCCUUGGGAGCACGAGACCACUCAAAUGACGCCGGUACCUACGUAUGAUGAUCCCCUUCUCAGUCUCGGGGGUAUUCGUAGACCAUACCUCAACAACACUUUUCCCCCUACUCCGAACCACACUAUUCCCAUUUACCCACGCGUUCCAGAGUUGUCCGACUCCGCUCCUAAACCUGAAAAUAUUCUCUUCGCAAUGACCACAACCGCUAAAAGGGCUAGAGAAUACUCCACCCUCUGGCGUCACUUCAUGUCUCCUGGUGCGCGCUGCCUCGUUAUCCUCCCUCCCUCCGAUCAAGAUAGAGUUGAAGAACUACAAGUCUUCUUGGAGAGAGUUAGGAAAUUGCACUGUAUCGUUCAAGUUAGCGAAAUUGAUCAUUAUGAAACUCGUAUGCUCUCUGUUCCCAUGGAGGCAAACAAAAUUGCUAAAAGAGUAGGCGGUAUUCACUGGCUUUGCAUUGGCGACGAUGAUACCUUUUUCACCGAUUUAAGGCUAGUGCAGAGAAUGCUCAGCAAGUACAAUCCUGCUGAUGAUCAUUUCAUUGGUGAUAUCUCUGAGGGUGCCGAUCAAAGACAAAUUUUUGGCAGACAAGCUUUCGGUGGUGCUGGCUUAUUUAUUACCAACCCCGUAAUGCAGAAGAUGGGCAAUAAAUUCCAAGACUGCGUUCGAGAAGCUAACAUAUAUUGGGGUGGCGACGGCAAACUCACGAAAUGUGCAGCUUACGUUUUAGGUAUCCCUUUUGAGGAAGUGCUCACAAUUGAGCCUGGUUUGCAUCAAUUCGAUGUACUUGGAUCGGGUGCCGGUUAUCUACAGUCAGGAUUACCCUUCAUCUCUAUGCACCACUUUAUUAACGGCUGGACACAUCUUAUACCACACCACCUCCCGAAUAGAAUAUCAGACGAUUGGUUCGCUACUAGAUUGCUAAUGAGAGCUGCAGAGUUCCUUGGAGGUGAUAAUCUCUUUAGAAGAAUCAUGUUCGAUGGUGGUAAGACACUGCUCUGCCUUGGACACUCUAUCAUUCAAUAUGAACACGCUCAAUCACCAUCUGACCUCACACAAAUCGAAUACACACUAGGACCAAUUGGUUUCAGAUUCAUUGAGCAACUCCCAGUGAGACCCGAACCCCCAAAGACCAAGGAAUACUUUAUCUCAGAUAUCCGCAUAGAGACACCCGAAAGGGCAAUAUUCUGGUUCGAAGAUAAAGAUGGAGAAAGAUUGCGCCUCGUAUGGGAUGGCGAGAACGGCUCAGUUGAUUUACCAGCGAAACAGCAACCUAAGAGCAAAUGGAUAGGUUGGUGA